CUCGUCGUCAUAGCGCGAGACGUAGCGUUCCGCAUGCACCAGAGCACGCUUGCCCUCCGCUCAGAGAUCUUCCGUGAUAUCUUCUCCCUCCCCUCACCCGCGGAUCUCAACAGUGCUCCUUUGGAGACCAUCGAAGGCUUUCUUGUCGUCCGUGUUACCGACUCACUCGCAGAGAUCCGCCAUCUCUUUUUGGUCCUAUGCUGUGGCAAAAACUAUCUUGUCGACCGAGACGAAGACACCGCCGUCCCAUUUCCUGUCAUCUCCGCGCUCAUCCGGAUGACGCACAAGUACGCCGUCGAAGAAUUCCUGGAAGAAGCCCUCUCCAGACUCCAGAAGUACUAUACGAACGACUUCUCUGCGUGGCGCGACCGCGCAGCACGUGGCACACGAUACGUGCACGUCGAAGAUAACGACGCGCUCGGAGUAUAUCUUGCUCGCACGCCUAACAAACACCCCGUUCCUCCCCCGACCGCCUUCCUCGCGUACACGCAGAUCACAGACUCCUAG